GUUUGUGAACUUUUGGGACUCUCUUAGGAUUGUGACACAAAAUGGCUAGUGUCAAGGAAGCCGUGAAGGAACAAUUCCUGGGCAGCACAGAGGCGCCUCACCUGUCCCACCAAGCGCGCGCGAACUUCAUUCGUCAUGCGCAGAAGGACGAGAAUGGCGAGCUGUUCAUGGAUGAGGACAACUUCAUUAAUGCCGUCGCCCCCAAGCAGGAGGAUUAUCACAAGAUCAAGCGCGAACAAUACGGUAUCCUCUUCAACGUGGCAGACCGACGGAGAACCGGCAAGCUGAACUUCAACGACUGGGCCACUUUUGAAAACAUCCUCGCGAAGCCCGAUGCCGAGUAUGAGAUCGCCUUCCGACUCUUCGACAUCGACGGCACCGGUGCCGUCAAGUUCGAGACUGUGCAGGGCCUGUACAACCUGAACAAAAGUCCUGAGAGCAUCCCUUUUGACUGGAACUCAGAAUGGGCUUCGCUGUACGGUGGCCGCUCCAAGACCCGCCAUGACAUGACCUACCCCCAAUUCGCCCAGAUGCUGCGCGGUCUGCAGGGUGAGCGCAUCCGUCAAGCCUUCCACAUCUUCGACAAGGACGGUGAUGGCUUCAUCAAGCCCGAGGACUUCCAGCGCAUUAUUCUCGAGACCUCAAAACACAAGCUGUCCGAUCAUGUGCUGGAGAACCUCCCUACCCUGUGCAACAUCUCGACUAGCAACCGCAUCUCCUACGCCAAUGUGCGUGCCUUCCAGAACAUCAUGCGCGAGAUGGACAUCAUCGACAUGGUCGUCCGCGAGGCCACCAGGAAGAGCACCGAUGGCAAGAUUACCCGCUCUGAUUUCCUGAACGAGGCUUCUCGUGUCACCCGCUUCUCCCUGUUCACCCCUAUGGAGGCCGAUAUCCUGUUCCACUUCGCGGGUCUCGAUGCGCCGUCCGGCCGUCUGUCGCAAAAGGACUUCGCCAAGGUUAUUGAUGCUUCAUGGCGUAUCCCCGUGGCUGUGGCUGGUCAGGCCAUCACCGCUGGACACGAAGCCGUUGAGAAGACCAAGACUGUCCUGCACGGCGUUUUGGAGUCAGUGCACCACUUCGCUUUGGGAAGUAUUGCUGGUGCUUUUGGUGCCUUCAUGGUUUACCCUAUUGAUCUGGUCAAAACCCGUAUGCAGAAUCAGCGCACUUCUCGCCCUGGUGAGAGACUGUACAACAACUCCAUCGAUUGCGCCAGGAAGGUUAUCCGCAACGAGGGUUUCACAGGCCUGUACUCUGGUGUCAUUCCUCAGUUGAUUGGUGUGGCUCCUGAGAAGGCUAUUAAGCUGACCGUCAACGACCUUGUUCGUGGACACUUCACCGACAAGGACACCCACCGCAUCAAAUACGCCCAUGAGAUUCUGGCCGGUGGUACUGCCGGUGGUUGCCAAGUGGUUUUCACCAACCCUCUUGAGAUUGUCAAGAUUCGUCUGCAGGUCCAGGGUGAAAUCGCAAAGAACGUCGAGGGUGCUCCUCGCCGCUCAGCCCUCUGGAUCGUCAAGAACCUGGGUCUGAUGGGUCUAUACAAGGGUGCCAGCGCCUGUCUCCUCCGUGAUGUUCCCUUCUCGGCCAUCUAUUUCCCCACAUACGCUCACCUGAAGUCCGACUUCUUCGGCGAAACCCAAACCAACAAGCUUGGAGUCGUCCAGCUCCUGACAGCAGGUGCCAUCGCCGGUAUGCCCGCCGCCUACCUGACAACACCCUGCGACGUGAUCAAGACACGUCUGCAGGUCGAAGCUCGUAAGGGCGACACCAAGUACACUGGCCUCCGCCACUGCGCCGCGACCGUCUGGAAGGAAGAAGGCCUGCAAGCUUUCUUCAAGGGCGGUCCCGCCCGUAUCCUGCGUUCCUCCCCGCAGUUCGGUUUCACACUAGCCGCCUACGAAGUCCUACAGAAGAUGCUUCCCAUGCCCGGCACCCGCGAAGACGUUACCCCGACCGGCCAUGUCGAGCCUGGCGUUGGUGGCCGGGAGGCUAAGGCGCCUCUGCCUUACCUCCGGUCACGGAACGCGCUGAAGCUCAUUCUGGACUUGGACCAGAACAUUGGUCGUGUACAGGCUCCUCGGCCUGAGCUGUGGCCUAAAUUCAUGCAGGGAUCGAAGCAGUAAGGACGGGUGGCUGCUAGAGCCUUAUGCCACAAUCCUGGAUUUGAGUUGUUUUCUUCUUUGAUAGCGAUACUUACUUUCUUUCGGCCUUUCUUUUUCUCUUUUCCUUGGUUUAACAUGAGAUCUUUUUCACCUUUGUCUCGGAUCUUGCCCUCCUCGUUGCCCUUCGCCUGUUCUUACUUUUGGGGCGUGGGGUGAAUCUGGGGGAGGCCAGGUUUUGCAUCAUUUCUCGUCUUUUUGGUGCUUUCGAGAUCUGUGACCAUCUUGUGUGUGCUGUGUGUUGUGUAUGUGCAUUGUAUCAACAGCGGAUAGAUUUGGAAAGAUGGUGUGUGGGUUGCAAUAGAGGUCCCUGACUGUGGUGACGGGUUUUAUACAUCAUACAGAAUCAUAUAUAUCAUCUGGGAUGGUUCCGGUGUUCGUUUUCAACUUUACUUUUGGCGGACUCAGUGAGUUUAGACAAGGUUUACGCUUCUAUUUUGUGAUAUUAUUCCUGUCAAGGUCAUGUGUAAAUGUAGAG